AUGGUCAAGUAUUCUGGAAAAUUCUUGCUAGCCUUUCUUGCUCCAUCACAGGCGGUCGCUAUUCCCGCGCCUUGGCUGCGAGCAAGGGUCGUCACUAGCCAGGCUGAGCUCAAAGACUCAUACGAUUACAUUGUGAUUGGGGGUGGCACAGCCGGCCUAACUAUCGCGGACCGACUUUCGGAGUCAUGCAAACACGAUGUCCUGGUCAUUGAGAAUGGAGAUUUCUACGACGCCGCCAAUCCUGGGGCCAACCGAGGGACUCGCCAAUACAGCAUACGAUCGGUGCCUCAAUCGGGACUCAACAACCGGACAACCAUCGUGAGCAUGGGCUUUUGCGUAGGUGGAAGUUCUGCAGUCAACGGAAUGGCAGUCAUGCGAGGCACAAAGACGGACUACAACAUCUGGGCUGAGCUUGGCAAUGAAGGAUCCACCUGGGGCUGGGAUGGGAUGCUCCCAUACUUCAAAAAGGCCAUUCACUUCGUACCUCCCGAUGAGGUGUUUGCGGAGGAUUUCAACAUUACCUACGAUAUUGAGGCGGCUUGGGGCCAGGAUGAGAACACUCAUGUUUACGCUUCCUUUCCCGGAGGCAAUGACCCAAGGAUCAAAAUCCACUACGAAGCACUGAAGAGCGUUCCAGGAGUAGACUUCCCAAGGGAUGGCCAUGCAGGUAGCCAAGGCGUAUUCUGGUACCCUGUGUCAGUGGAUCCGGAGACACACCAAAGAUCAUACUCACGAACGGGGCACUGGGACGGGCUUAACAGACCAAACUACGACCUGCUCACCGCGUCUCGUGUCAACAAGAUUCUGUUCGAAGAGGGCGUAGCAACUGGCGUUCAGUUCAUCCCUAGGGAAGGUGGUGAGGAACCCACGGUGAUAACCGCCAAUCGGGAAGUUAUUCUUUCUGCAGGAAGUAUCCACACACCGCAGGUUUUGCAACUGAGUGGGAUCGGCCCUGCGGAGCACUUAGAGGCGGCGGGCAUCGCGGUUCAGAUGGACCUUCCUGGUGUUGGUGCUAACUUCCAGGACCAUCCCAUCGGCCCCGGUAUCUCGUUUACAUGGGGAGAAACGCCGCUAACUCCCGAAAUUAAGUCUAACCUCACCGGCGGUGUCGGUGGUGGUCAAGGUCUUGUUGCUUUUUUGGAUCUCCCCAUAGCUGCCCCGGACGAAUUUGAGGAGAUUGCGUCCCAAUACGAGUCCCUCAACCUCGCUGAGUACGUAUCGCCAGAUACGGCCGAGACAGUCCUCGCUGGAUACCGAGCGCAGCAGGAGAUUUACGCGCGGGAGAUGCGCCAGAGGGGUCUGUCAUUUAUGAAUUACAUUAUUGGGGGUGGUGCAAGUGGUUCACCGAUCAACUUGCAUAUUACCUCUAGAGGUACAAUUCGGCUUAACACAAGCGAUCCGGAAGGUGACCCCGUAGUUGAUUACCGCGCAUUGUCAAACCCGACGGACGUUGAUCUUAUGGCUGCAUAUCUCAAGUUCCUCCGUCGAUUCUUUACCACGGGAUAUCUUGAGCAGUACAACGCCACUGAAAUCAGACCCGGAGCAGACAUUGAGAGUCGAGAGGAUUUCGAGGAAUAUAUUCGAGGAGCAUAUAACCCUCAAGGAUGGCAUCCGGUGGGAACUGCCGCCAAGAUGAGGAGAGAGCUUGGAGGUGUCGUUGAUGAUGAGCUGCGGGUGUAUGGUGUUAAGGGCCUGCGUGUUGCUGAUGCGAGCAUUAUGCCUACGCUUAUUAGCGGAACAACUCAGUUGACUGCCUAUGCAAUCGGUGAAAAGGCGGCUGAUCUAAUCAAGGCAACUUGGGAGAAUGAGGAAGACGGGGUGUGUCCUGAACUAGAGGUGGAACCAAUUACAGAUGGGAGUGAGGAUGAGAAUGCCGAGGGAGACGGGGGAGGCGAGGAAGAAGGAGAAGAUGAAGACGGGACAGGCCAAGGGAGUGGCGGGGAUGAAGAUGAGGAGGAAGUAGGAGACGAAGAAGAAGAAGAAGGAGAAGAAGGAGAAGAAGGAGAAGAAGAAGCAAUAGUGGAUGAUGAUGAUAAUGAUGAUGAUGAGGGUGGUGUAGAAGACGGCACGGGCAAUGAAGGAGAAGACUAA